CGGUCGUUUUGCGGGGGUCGGUUGUUUGAGAGUCGGAAGAGGAGCAAAGAGAGAACGAGGAAAACAGAAGAAUGAGUGGCGGAGACAUACACGCAGCGGCGAGGUCCGGUGACCUUUCUACAGUUCAAUCAAUUCUGGCGUCUAACCCUUUGGCCGUUAACUCCAGAGAUAAGCACUCCAGAACUCCACUACAUUUGGCAGCAUGGUCUGGGCAAGCACAGGUUGUAAGCUAUCUCUGCAAGCAAAAGGCUGAUGUUGGUGCUGCUGCCAUGGAUGACAUGGGUGCAAUCCAUUUUGCAGCCCAGAAAGGGCAUAUAGAGAUUGUUCGAACUUUGCUCUCAUUGGGAGUCUCAGUUAAAGCUGCCACUCGCAAGGGAUUCACUCCAUUACACUAUGCCGUUCAAGGUUCGCACCUGGAACUAAUCAAACUCUUGUUAAAGAAGGGUGCAAGUCUUAGUGCCAAAACAAAAGCAGGGAAGGCCCCACUUGAUCUUGCGAAAAGUGAAGAAAUUCGCUCAUUUUUUAAAGAGUGUGAACAAUCUCCUAUGAAAGUAAAUCUGAAUGGUAAAGAGAAGGCUGAAAAAUCUGAUUCAAGGCCGCCACUGCCAGAUAAGAUGGAAAGUCCUGAUAAUGAAGCUACUGCAGCAGAACAUGACAGGCAAGAGGAUGAGAGAGUAAAAAGGAAAGGUGAUGAUGAUAACCAGGAAGCCUUAUCACAACCUAAGAAACCAAGAGUUGCUCUUAAGCAUCUUCUGAGUGCAGAUGACACUGAAGAAGAUGAAGAAACCUCAUAAGAACACCAGAGUGGAAUAAAAACCAUUCCCCAAGCACUCCUCGGACCAAAAUUGUUACAAGAUUGUGAGGAAAGAAAUCUAUUGUCUGAUGAUUUACUUACUAUGAUGCUAACAACACGAAAAGUACCCAAUUUUUCUUGCUUUCCAGUUAUUGGUAUAUCUAGGUUGUAAUAUUCUUGUAAUUUGUCAUUUUGAACUUCUGCUAGCUUCCAGUUAGAAAGGUCAAUAAUGUUGUAUGGCCUCAGUGUUGGGGCAGCAGGGCAUUAUGUUUUGCUUUGUUGUGUAUUAUCAUGAAAAACCAGUACAGUGGAAUCCGCAUGAGGAGCUUGAUUUUAAA